CAAGAGCGCAUGUGCUCUUACCCUAGUUAGGCUGGAGAAACCGGAGGAAGAGCGAAGCGGCUGCUGCGUUGCUCUUUAGCUAUGUACUCUGAUGACCUGCGAUCGUGCAUUUAUUGAACAAGAAAGUACCUACAUGACAACAGUAUCCAAGAUGGUGAGACUUGGCAAAGAUUCAGUGAAAAGAGUUGCAAGGCAUGUCAGAUAUGAUGAUAUUCCAACUGAUACCUUCACCCCUCGCACCUACCAGGUGGAGCUUCUGGAAUCAGCUUUGCAAGGCAACACCAUUGCCUGCCUUGGAAGUGGUUCCAGUAAAGUCUUUCUGGGACUUAUGGUGAUAAAAGAGCUAUCUUACCAGAUACGCUGCUUACCAAAAGAUGGGGGCAAAAGGAGUGUUUAUCUGGCUGUGUCAGACCAAGAAGUGGAUUCCAUUUGGAGUACACUAUAUCAUCACACUGAUAUUCAAGUGGGAAAGGCUUUAUCGUCAGAAGCAGCUUUGUGGGAACAGCAGGACUGGUCAAAUUUUGUUAAUGCUAACAGUGUGCUUGUCAUGUCAGCUUCCCUCUUCUUGCGUGGCCUUGAGAAAGGUAACCUUUUGCUCACCACCGUGAACCUUCUAGUGCUGGAUGAUUGUCAUGUAGCUGUGGGAGACCAUGAGUAUGUCAAGAUCAUGUUGUAUGUGCUGAAGUGUGGACAAAUGGCUCCCCAACUUCUGUGCUUGACCUCUUCCAUUCUUGGAACGGAAUGCAGCGAUCCCUCCAGCCUGGGGUCCAGAAUAAGUGAGCUUGAGUCCCUGCUUCAUUCCAAGGCUGAAACCUCCAUGCUUGUAAUAUCUGAACGCUUUGGGUGUCGCCCUAAGGAGAGCAUCAUCAAGUGUGAGCCAAGUGUCGAUGACACUGGACUUACCGAUCAGUUGGCCACGUUGCUGCUCACAUCCUGGCACUUUCUUGAUGAGUGUCAAAUAACAUUAGAUGAAACAACAGGAAAGAGAGAUCCAUUGCACGUACCCAAAUUUGCAAUUUCAGAAUGCCUUAAUAUUCUUCACGUCUUAGGUCCAUGGUGUGCAGCGUCUAUCGCUGAAAAUUUACUCAGUCAAGUGGAAAAGAUUGCUAAACAUGAAUCAAACCAAGUCCAUAAGCGGUUUUUACGCUAUGUCAUGACACAGCUACGGCUUGUCGUCAGAGUAUUUGAAAUCAACUUUACUCCAGAGUACAGUGUUGAAGAAUUGCUUAAGUACACCACUUCAAAAUUGAGAGCGUUGGUUGAUGUCCUGAGAAAAUACAAGCCAGAAAUGGACUUCAUGAUUAUAAGUAGUGAAGAUGCUGAUGGUGAUGGGAUUUCAGACAUGUCUGAUGAUGAUAUGAAUAUAGAAGACGACGAUGAUGAAGGUGAUGAUGAUGAUGAUUCAUUUGAUCUUGACAGUUCUGAUGAAGAAGAUGGCAGAAAUAAAUCCCCCAGGCAUAUCCACAUUGCAGUCAAAAGAAAGGUAGAGACUAGCAGUGAUAAUCCCUUUGAUGAUGAUAGGAAACUGUGUGCAUUAGUAUUUGUAGACAAUCGUUAUGUGGCAUUUGCACUGAACAAAAUGAUAGAGGAAGUGUGCUCCUGGGAUGAGAAUCUCUGUUUUGUUAAAAGCAGUCACAUUACGGGUCAAGGCAUUCACAGGGCAGAUGGAAAGAAAGAUUUAAGCAAGGCAUCCCGUCGGCAGGAAGAAGUGCUGAGAAAAUUCCGUAUGCAGGAACGAAACUUGCUUGUUUCUACCAAUGUUCUGGAAGAAGGAGUUGAUAUACCAAAGUGCAACUUAGUUGUUCGGUUUGAUCCACCAACAGAUUACCGCUCAUAUGCACUUUCCAAGGGACGUGCCCGUGCUCGUGAUGCUGAAUAUGUGAUACUUGUUGAUGAAGAAGUUAUUCAAGAUUUUUCACAGAAUUUGAAUGUUUUCAAGGGUAUUGAAGAGGUGCUGAUCGGAGCUGGAAGAGGAAGACAAGACCUGGAGGAUGCUCAGGAGAUGCUACAGAUUGACAGUCUAGAUUUCAUAGCUCUGCCACCUUUCAGUCCUUCUGGAGAGCCAGGGGCUCCUGCUGUUUCCAUGAGAAAUGCCAUUGCACUGGUAAACCGGUACUGUGCCAAACUGCCAAGUGAUGCCUUCACUCACCUGACACCUCAGUGUCGUAUUACUACCUCAGAAUUUAACCCAGAACAGUUUGUGGCUCACCUCCGCCUGCCUGUCAACUCACCUAUCAAAGAAGAAGUUAUGGGUAGCCCUAUGCCCAGUCGUCAGCUGGCAAAAAUGGCUGUUGCUCUCAAGAUGUAUGAGAUGCUGUAUAAAUCUGGAGAACUAGAUGCCCAGCUACAGCCAGUAGGGAAGGAGAUGUUUGUGUGUGAAGAGGAGGAAGAGGAGUGGGAGGAGGGAGAAGAUGAACCCCCAGGGCAGGCCCGACCAGGCACCACAAAGCGCAAGCAGUACUACAUAAAGAAGGCAGCAGACGCAUUUGUAAACAGCCAUCCAGUACCAGAUGUCAAGUGCUUUGUUUAUCAUAUUUCUAUGGUGCUUUCUGGGGCCAUCACUGAAGAACAAAACACGAGAGGGCGCAAAAUCUAUGCCCCUGAAGAAACUUCGCAGUCAUUUGGACUUGUAUUGUCCAAGCAGAUUCCUAAGGUGCCCAGUUUUCCAGUUUACACUAGAUCAGGGGAAGUGACUGUGUCGGUAAAUCUGUUGCAAAAGAGCACCUACUCUCAGGAGCAGCUAGACAAGCUUCUGAAGUUCCAUCACUUUGUCUUCACUAGUGUUUUGCAUUUGGAGAAGGAUCCUAUGGUUUUUUCCCCUCAACAAGCUGAUGUUGGCUAUAUCAUUGUCCCUCUUAAUACCAGUGGAGAAGGCUCGGACCUGGACAUUGAAUGGUCUUUUGUGGAGCAUGUGAUAAACUCCAGUGUGCAUCACAAGCGCAACAUCUUUGACAGCAAGCGAGAUACUUUUCAGUUUGACAAAGCAAAGUUCGAAGAUGCUGUUGUCAUGCCUUCUUAUCGUAACAUUGAUCAACCUCAGCAUUUCUAUGUGGCAGAAAUCCGCAAUGACCUUAGCCCCCUGAGCCCCUUUCCCUCCCCUGAAUUAUAUAAAACUUUUGCAGCCUACUACACUACAAAAUAUGGUCUCACGCUCACCAACAUGGACCAGCCUCUUCUAGAUGUAGACCACACUUCAGCACGACUGAACCUCUUGACACCUCGGUACAUGAAUCAGAAGGGGCGAGCUCUGCCAACGAGCAGUGUGGAGACUAAGCGAGCACGCAGAGAGAAUCUUCAGCAGAAGCAGAUUUUGGUACCAGAGCUAUGUUCCAUUCAUGUCUUCCCAGGAUCUCUUUGGCGAAAAGCUGUUUGCUUGCCAGCUAUUCUGUACCGCACCAAUUACUUACUUUUGGCAGAGGAACUACGUAAAGUUAUUGCAGGUGAAACUGGAAUAGGAAAAGUGAAUUUGGAUCCCAGUUUCCAUUUCCCUCGGCUAGAUUUUGGAUUCGAAACAAAUCCUGAGAAAGUGCAAGUAGCAAAGCAAGAAAGUGAACAAGAAGAAUCUACUUGCUCACACACGGAAGAGGAAGCCAUUGAACAACAAGAGACUGAGAAUGCUGUCAGACCUCGGCAGUCAACUCAAGAGAGCAAACUGGAUCAAAAAGUCAUGAGAAGUGUAGAGUCUGUUUGUGCUCAAGAAGAAGAAAAAGCAGAUGACGAGACAUCUUCAGACAAUGAUUCUGGUGUUACAUCUGGUGACUCUGAGAUAGGGGGUGUGGAGAAGGGAUGUGUUUAUGUUUCAGGUCAGUGUUCUGAAAGAACAGACUUUUCUGCAUCUCUCAAGGAAUCAUUCAGCCAGUCAUCGUCAUCUUGCAGCUCAACAGUAAAUUCAGAUAAUGAGGCUAGCAGCAUGUGUUUAGCUUCGGAAAGUAAGCAUAUUGGUGAUGUGGCGAAUGGGAAAGAUGGCCAGUGUGAAUCUCAUUCUUGCAAACUGUGCAGUCUAGGUAAAGAAGGUGGGAAGGUGCUGCAGCAUCCCUGCUGUCGUCCCAUCUCAUCUUUAUGCAGAACCCAUGUAUCUCAAUCAUUUCAUGUGCAUAUUACUCAGAAUGAAGAAACUUCUAGUUCAAACCAUGAGCCAGAAAUAUUUCUGACGUAUCACAUUCAUUUAGAAUUGGAUGUGAAUUUCCAGAGCGAUCCAAAUGCACUGUUGCAGAAUAAAUGCACCAAAAUAGAUUAUGAAGGCCAGGAGGACUUUGCUUCCAGUCGAACAUAUAUCAAAGAGAAAGAAAAUUCUCCUAAAGAACCAGUACUUAAUCAUCAUUGUUGUGAAAAAACAAGCAGACCAGACCCAGAUUUUGGAAGGAAAACUAUCUCUGCAGAUAUACCAAACACGGAACCUGUUGCUAAGAGUGAAGAAUGCAUGGACAAAAUAAAAGACACCCAAUCUGCAGACUAUCAGUGUGUGGAAGAUUGUGAUGAUUUUCUAGAUAUUACAGGGACCAAUCAACAACCCCCAAUCACAUCAACAUUCCAAGUUGACCCCGAGAUCUCAGCUUUCACGAGUGCAGACGAAGAAAUUCAGCUUACCUUUGAGUCUGGAUGUAAUCUUGAUUCCAUUGGGCUAGACACAAACUGGUCCAAGGCCAGCAUCGCCUCUGACAAAGAAUGGGCUCCUGAUGAAAGCCUCACUACCUUUGAAGUCAGUGAAACUGUGUCUGAUCUCAGUCACAUGGGCAAAAAUGGUGUCAGUGAGUCUAUUUUCUCCAACCAUAACCAUCCUCACCCUGAGAAUAUUUCACAACCACUGCCCACAGAGACAAAAGAAAGAAUGUAUGCAUCACAUUCAUCAUCAAGGGAUUCUGACAUCUUUGAAAAUGACAGGCAGCAUUUUUCUAAAUUGGAUGUGAGAUCUGCUGAAGAACCUUUGUUCCAUGACAAGAAUGAUCUUUCAGAAAGUGAAGCAGGGACAAACUCAUCAGGUCAGAAUCACAAGUCCGAACACCUACACAAGCAUGAAAAUACAGUGCAUAACAUGAAUAAAAAGGACUGUUUUAGCAACUCUGUGCAGAAUAAUCAUGAAAGAAAUGAAGGAAAAAAAUGCACAGACUUUGAGAUUGGUGUUUGGAAUGCAUCAGGAGUCAACAGCAAGCCUAUUAGCAUGAAAAAAGUAGAAAAAGUGCCAGAAGAGAUAACCAUGAUUCCUCAGAAAGAAGGUGGUGCUGAAGAAAAAUUGAAAACUCCUGUUAGCUUAGAUGCUGAUAGAGAUCUGGAAACAUUUGUGGGCCCCAGUCCUUGCCUGCUUCUGCAGGCUCUGACAAUGUCCAACGCAAAUGACUUCUUCAGUUUGGAAAGGCUGGAGACCAUCGGAGACUCUUUCCUUAAGUAUGCCAUAACAGUGUACCUGUACUGCUGCUAUCCAGGUACACAUGAGGGCAAACUCAGCUAUCUGCGCAGCAAACAGGUAAGCAAUUACAACCUGUACCGCCUUGGAAGGCGCAAGGGACUGGCUGAGCGGAUGGUGUCAACCAAGUUUGAACCAUACGAAAAUUGGCUGCCACCUGAUUUUAUCAUCAGUGAAGAUCGCAGGCGAGGUCCUGUUCCUAAGGUUGUAAUCGCCACAGGCAAUGCCAGACUGUCUGCAACAACUCCAGUCAACUUUGUGAUUGAGGACGAAGAGUCAGAAACAGACACCACCCAGAGGCGAGAGAUAGAUGCCUUUCACCAAGAGCUUAAAGAGAUUGACCGCCAGCAGGCUGCCGACCAACAGAGUGACUUGAGCUGCAAUGCCAAGCGUGCCAUGAUUGCUUACAGUCUGCAGUUGCACCACGGCAUCCCAGACAAAAGUGUAGCUGACUGUGUUGAGGCACUCAUUGGGUGCUACCUGACAACAUGUGGCAAGCAAGCAGCUCUUACCUUCAUGUCCUGGCUAGGCCUGAAGGUUCUGCCACACAAACGCUGUUCAAGUCAGAAGGAACACAGAGUGCCCCAGGAGGUGAAUGUGUACGAGUUUGAUGAGCUGCGUUGUCCACCAUCCCCUCUCAUUGCCAGCGUGCCUGAUGCACCACUCAUUUUAAAUCGUCUGCUGGAAGGAUUUUCAGAGUUUGAGGCUAAGAUUAACUACACAUUCCGGGAUCGCUCUUAUUUGCUGCAGGCAUUUACUCAUGCCUCUUAUCACUAUAAUUUCAUCACUGACUGUUACCAGAGACUGGAGUUUCUAGGAGAUGCCAUUCUGGACUAUGUGAUUACCAGACAUCUUUAUGAAGAUUCUCAGCGGUACUCCCCUGGCAUUCUCACAGACCUUCGUUCAGCCCUUGUCAACAACAACAUUUUUGCAGCCUUAGCUGUCAAAUGGGAUUUCCACAAAUAUUUCAAAGCCAUCUCCCCAUCUUUAUUUGCUGUCAUUGAUAAGUUCGUUGUGUGGCAGAAAGAAAGAGAGGACGAGUUCGAUGAACUAAAUGAGGAGCAAGAAGAAACUGACGAAGAUGAAGAGAAUGAAGAAGACAAGGAUGAGGAAGUGGAGCUGGAGAUCCCUAAAGCUCUUGGCGACAUAUUUGAAUCGGUAGCAGGUGCUAUCUAUCUUGAUAGUGGCAUGUCCCUUGACACAGUCUGGCGUGUCUACUACAACAUGAUGAAACCUUACAUUGAUAAAUAUCUGAAAGACAUUCCCAAGUCUCCUGUCAGAGAACUGCUAGAAAUGGAGCCAGAGACAGCGAAGUUUGAGAAACCAGAGCGUACUUUGGAUGGAAAAAUUCGUGUGACUGUAAAUGUGGUGGGUAAAGGCGUCUUUAGUGGUGUUGGUCGCAACUACCGCAUUGCAAAGAGUGCAGCUGCCAAGAAAGCCCUUCGCUUCAUCCGCACCAUGCAGCAGGAGGGAAUGAUGUAGCCCACAGAUGCAGUCACACCUUUUGUUGCAAAUAUAUGUGCUGCCAGCUGGAUUCAUUUAAACAAUUAUUUUAGGGGCUGAUUUGUAGGAUUCAUCAUCUGCAGGAUUUCAGCAAGAUACAAAUGGAUUUUACUCAUCCUGUGAGCUGAACCAAUCGCUUUGCUAAGUGGGUUCAAGUCUUUGAACAUAAAGCAUCUACUUGAUAGUCCACGAAGCAUCUUGAGAAUGUCCAAAGUGCAUAAUAUUUUUGGAAAAGGCAAACAUGAUGUCUGUAGUGAAUUUGUUUUAAAACAAAGGUAAUUUUUAUAAGGAUGCCGGUAAUUAUUGUCUUCAGUUUAAUAACAGCAGCAAAAAAGAGGGAUGAAUGUGUGCGUGUGUGCAUGUGAACAUGCCGACCAUGGUAACAUGAAGGAGUGUGUGUGUUUAAUUUUUAAUUGUUACCUGUUUAAUGCAGAAGAUGGUGCUGCAACUUAAACUUACUUUAUAUGCAGACUGGAAAUAGAACCUGCCUGUGUUUGGCAAAGAUUUUGGUGCUGUUGGUAACAGAUUUUAAUGCUCUUUUGGCAAGCACAACAAGCCUUAUCAGCUAGUGCAUAAAGCGGCGGAAAAUAACAGAAGUCACCUCAGAAGAACUAGCCAGUUGUUGCCAAUUGUUUAGUGUUUAGACUGUGACAGUGAGCUUUCACUCAUAAAAUUUGUCCCUAUAGCCUUUUCUCUGGUUGUUUUGAUCAUUGAUAACGUGAUUCUUUUGUCCUUUUUGACCAGGUUCAGUUUCUUUGCCACAGUCUCUAUGACUGUUUAAGCGCUAGCAUGCUUUUGCUGGUUUUGUUUCAUUGGAUGUCAUAGCUUUUAUACUCUCAGUUGCAGGAUACUUCUACUUUGAUUUUGCUCAGCAAGGCUGGGAAAAACCCACCAAGCCCUUAAUUUCCCAUCAGCAAACUUGUUUACCCCACUAGUUCACAAUUUUUUUUCUCAUCAGCUGGGCUGAUAAUACCCACUGUGUCUGUGCCUUUUUUUCAGCCAAGCUGGUAAAGGCCUAUCAGGUCUGCACAUUUUUGAGCAGCUUCACAACGUGAUGGAGUGCACGUGUUGCCAUAUGCCUGAAUUAUGUAACGUCUAAGGUCAGAUCAGCUAGGUCAGCAUAGUAGGUUCACCUUGUCCUGGGUUUUGUUUGAUAUCAAAGAAGUUUUUAAAAAAAAAACACAUAUUGUGAACAUAUUGUGAUAUUGUAACAGGUUUUCCUUGACUUUGUUCACUACUAAUAUUCAUUGUUACCAGUUACUUCUAUCUCCAAGACAUGUUCAGUGAAAAAGAUACAAUGUGCUGGAUGGUUUGGUUUCUUAAAUAGAGGUAGCUGAGAGAAUUGUAUGCUUGCAUCAUGUUUGAGAUGCAAAAGAAAACGCUUUUGUUUUUUGUUUUUGGUUUUGUUUUUUUUUAGAAGAUUCAAUGAUAAGCCAUUUACAAGCCAGAAAGUUUGCUUGAAUUGGUUUGAUACCCGUGAUGCCCAUCAAAAUUGUAUAUUUCUGCUUCCGGUGAAAGCCAACUUCUGUAAGGAAUAUCUCCAUCAGGAUGUGUCAUGUUCCAGUAUUACUUUAGCUGGUUCUGUUUUUCAUUCUUAGCUUUGGCUUGUUAAAUUCAUGGUGUGCUGAUUUUGUUACACAUUGCCGCUUUUUAGAACCUUGGGUGGGCAGUCUUGGCAACCUACAGUGUUGCUGUCUUUACAAUGUUAUUCAAGCUAUUCAGUCAUUGCUCUACAGCAUGUUUGUUCUACAGCAUGCAUGUCCUGCAUAUUCAUCUUAUGUCUGUGGUUCAUCGCAUUCGGUGGAAUUUUCUCCCUAUAGCUUUUGCCUCAUCUGUCUGUUUUUAAAGAAAAUUUUCUUUUUUUUAUGUAAUCAUGCACUUGCUAAGAUCAUAUCCUACAAUAAGAACCAUAGGAUUGUUGCCCUGGUUGCUUCCCCGUCAGAAAUCAGCAUUGUCAACAUUCCUCAGAUUUCUAUGCGUCACAUCAUCUCUCGAUGUAAUAUAAUUGCUAUAAUAUCUUUAAUAUCUACACAUUGUGCGCAGUGACUUUGUAUGAAAAAGGGUAUUUUCAGCAUCCUAUCAGCAGCACAUGUAUUACCUUGUGAUAGUGUCAGGUAAAAUUCUUUGACAACAUUUUUUUGAAAGAAAUCUGACCUUUCACUUUUGUACAUGUCGGGUAAAAGAAGUUGUGGUAGCAGUGAUACAUGUGGCUUAUGUGUAGUGAAUCAAUUUGUGUGUAAAGCCAGAGUCAAGAUCACAGAGGUGUUGAAUCUCUUGUUGUUUUUAAAUUGUUCUCGAGUUUAAACUGUUUUAAAUUUGUUCUCAAGUUCUUCCUGUUGGUGUUCUUCCCACAUCCCUCAUGGCAGAGGAAGUGAGUCAUUCUUCUGUGGUUUACAGAUGUUGUUUGUUUUGUGUUGUCUUUGCAAAUUAUUUAUAGUGAUCUUUACCAGUCCAGCUAAAGGUGUAAAAAUGAAGUGGGGAAGUCAUGACUGGGGAGACAGCUCAUCUUUUGGACAGUAGGAGUGCAAUAUGUUUCGUCUUUUAUAGCUAAACUGUUCAAGAUGGAUGUAAGUUGGCGUUCUGUUCUGUUGAUAGAUUUUAUUCCUCCUUGUCAGAGAAACAAAUUUAUGGUAAGUAUGGCAUAUAAAAAUGUUGAUCUGUCUUGUGUACAUACCAAACUGUGACCAUGUUAAACAAUGAUUGUUGUGAAAGUCAGUCAGGUUGAAUGUGCUGGUUUUUUUUGGAAACAACACCAAUCUUGAUGUGUUACUCUUUAUGAAGUUUCCCCCAACAAUAUGCAGGUUUCUGUAUUGUCCUCACAAAGCAAUAGGAUCAUGUGAUGGAAACAUUUAAAGUGUUUUUACAUAGGUGCCUGUGUUUUUUUCCAUGAUGUGAUAGGCGGAUUUCCACAUUUCAUGGUUGCAUAUGCAUUAGUGUAUGAUUACCUCUCUGGAGUUCUUCCUUUUUUUCCUUUUUGUAUAUUUGUCAUUAAAUAUAUUUAAAAGUUCAUAAUUGUGAGAAACAAUAGAUUGUUAUAAAAUUAUGCGAUGUUUUCCCAUAGUUUACUUGAGGCUGUACCUGGUGGAGAGUGGCCAGAAUCUGGUGUCAGGGGUCUUCGUGCACAUGGUUCCACUGAGCAAGUUGUGGCAGAGAUGAGUGCACAGGCCUUCCUUCUCGGAUGCACAUUGUCAGUGUGAGGCAACUCCACUUUCAUAUUUUAUGACUGUUUCUCGUUUUAAUAUAUUGUCCGAGACAAAGGUGUAUGUUUUAUGUAUUUUUUGUGUGCAGAAUAAUGUUGUAUGGUUGCAAAUUUUUAUAAAGCAUGUAGUGAUAGUUUGGUUGUUUUUGUUUUUUUUUUUUGUGUGGGGGGGGUGGCAGCUUGUGCUUCUGUUGGGUGAAAAAAAAACUGGAGAACAUGUGAUCUGCAGAGAAAGCAUUUAUAUUACUGAUCAGGUUCAUGGGCCUGCUUAAAGCAGAGUUAUCUCUAAUAUAUACGUAUUUCUGAUUCUUCUUUGAUAAUCAUUUUUAAGUUACUUGGAGAAAUUAUAAAUCCAACAUUAGAUUUGUUCCACUCAAUGUAACAAGCCUUAUUGUUUCGACUAAAGCAAAGAGAAAUAUUGGGAAAAUGAAAUUAAAAUUAAUAUAAAAGAUUGUGCUUUCCUUAGUUCAUCCAAAUGUGCAUUUUGUCCUAAUUUUUGUUUGAUUUAUCAGGGGGAGGGGAUUGAUCUUCAUGUUGUAUUUGUUUUUGAAAAUCCUAGUCAAUGUGAGAGCAAAUGUUAAUUAGGUAUUGCCAAAACAGGAACUUUUUGUAUGACGUCAAAGUUUUGACCCAAUUUCAAAAUGGUGUAAAAUGGUGCUGUUUAAAAGGCUUGCAUAGUGUGAACUGAAUAGACUCAUUCAGAUUUGGGGAUUUUGUUUUUUUAAAUGCUAGUUGACCUAUCUUUUCAAAAUAAUAUUUUGUCAACGGUUAUAAAAUUGUACCAUUGGAGUCUUCCAGCCUGUUACAUUUUAGCUAGGCUAUCUCUUAUUUUAAGACUAGAGAAUUGCAUGGAACAUCAAGCCAUAUUGACUAGCAGAAUAAGAUUGGAUGUUAUGGGGGAAGGGAAGGGUUUACCGACAAACUGACCUAUUGUGCUAGAGAAACGAUAAAGAUUUAUCUAGUGAGUGACGCAGAAAGGCACAUUAAAAGCGAAUCAUGUAGGACGCACAUUUAUAACAGUCUGAUAUCAGUAUGUGCACUUGUUUAAGGAAUACACUGACAUUUUUUGACAACUAACAUAAAUGGGUAGAGCAGAUAAUAAAAGCUGUUAAAGUUGUAGUUGGUCAUUAAUACUUUAAUUUUGAUAAUUUAAAAAUAUUCAACUAGCAUUUUGUGGAGUUCUGGCAAAACAUUUUUACCAACUGCCUCAAGCAUCAGCCUGUGGCAUAAAGCACUCAGAUGCAAAGGUCCUCCUGGACCUGUGGUUACAAACGUCUAAUAGCUGCCCAGCAGAAACAGGUACAAUGUGAAGCGAAGAGGUUGGCCUUAUAGAUGCCAUGAACCAGAUAUGCUGAUCCACUUACUGCCCCUACAGCCACUAGGCAACGUGACUUUUUUCAUUGACACACUUUUUAACAUUGAGCUGCAGUUGGCCCUCAGCAUUCAUGGGUUCACUUUUGUAGUUUUGAGUAUUCACAAGUUUACCAUUAAUAAUUAAAUGGGAUUUUUUUUUUUUUUUGGGGGGGGGAUUAGUUUUGCAGCCUACUACUAAAUGUCCUAGACAAUACAAAUAGACUAGAAAAUAUCAAUGGUUAAAUAAGGCAUAGAUGCAUGAUAUAGACAUAUAUAAUUAUUGAUCUAUUUGACCAAAUAUUGUGUUUUAACUUUUGUGUUAAAUUUGGCCAUCAGUAAAGUUAAGGGUGAGGGAGUUGGAGUUAUUUGCCUCUAUCCAGCGUUCUGAACACCGAGUAUUAACUGUAGUUUGAAUCAUGUUGGCUGUAAGUCCUCUAUCCACCAAGAUUUUAAGAUGUAUCAGUGGUCGGUGCACUGACAGACAUGACUGUCAGAGUUUUGGGAAGGGAUUUACCCGUAUCUGACAGCCUGGGGUUGUUGUUUUUUGUUGUUUUUUUCCUGCCCUAAUGGAAGGACACCUCGCUGACAUCAGUAGUGAGGUUAUUGUAGGCUUGACUGUGAGGUUAUCAUUGUUUCUCGGCAAUAAAAUUUAAGUACAAAUCAGUUUAAAAUAUUUUUACCUCUCAUUUCUCUCCAGACUCCCUCCCCACCAUCCAAACUGGCUGUAAUUCAGUGGUAAAUAUUAUUGUUCGUGCUUGUUAAAUGAAGUGUACUAAAGCAGAGGCAAUGGUUGUGCGUGCUUACAGCUUUUUUUAAUGGAAAUAAACUUAUUAUGGGAGUACUUCUCA